AUGGAGCCCAUUGUACACUCCAUCUUCGAGAAACAGACCUCUACCUGGCAGUAUAUCGUUGCAUGCCCCCAAUCCCGGAAAGCUGCCAUUAUCGACCCAGUGCUGGAUUUCGACUCUGCCUCGUUGAAAAUUAGCACAACCUCUGCCGACGAGCUUCUCAAGGUUGCCAGGGAUCACAACUAUACUGUCGUGUGGCUUCUUGAAACCCAUGCCCAUGCUGACCAUCUUACUGCCGCCCACUAUAUCCAGCAACAAGUGUCUGCAGCCCAUCCGCCCGGGACCCCCAAGAUCUGCACGGGAAAGGGGAUUCGGCAGGUACAAGCUACAUUUGCUCGGAAAUACCGCGUGCCUCAGAACGAACUGGAUGAUGCAUUUGAUCACCUUUUCCAGGACGACGAAGUCUUUCACAUCGGGUCCCUGACUGCACACGUUCGUCACCUCCCCGGCCACACUCCAGACCAUAGCGGAUACCAGAUCGGCAGCAACGUGUUUGUGGGCGACUCGAUCUUCAAUCCCGACGUGGGCAGUGCCCGGUGUGAUUUCCCUCACGGCGAUGCUAUCAUUCUAUACCAAUCGAUCCAAAAACUACUCUCCCUCCCGCUGCACUGCCGGCUUUAUACGGGACACGACUACCCCCCGGCGGAUUCAGGCCGAGAUCCGAUUCCCUACGUAACGGUCGCAGAGCAACGGAAGGGAAACAAGCAUGUCAGCCAGGGAACCAAGCAGGAGGACUUUGUUCGCUGGCGACGGCAUCGAGACUCCGGGCUCGGGGAGCCAAAGCUCCUGCAUCCAGCGCUCCAGGUCAACAUCCGUGGAGGACGUCUACCACUUAGUCCGGAUGGUGCCAAAGGAGCGUUUUUAUUGAUGCCAGUGCAGAUUCCCGGAGGUAUGCUGUAGACCGUUUCUGUAUUGCACGGAUAUUGUGGCUACGGAAAUCAAAUCACAUUUAAUAUUGUCGAACUUUACCGCUGAGCUAAAAAAGGUGUCAAGACAGAGCUUUCUAGCUGAUAUGUACAGUAUUAUAUUGGUUCACAAAUAUUCGGUCUAUGAUUUUAGUCAACAUAUUCCCAGCGUAGGUCUGAACUAUGCAUUCAGCUCCAUGUAAGCCGGUUCAACUGAAUUCAGA